AUGCUGCGUGUCCGACGUGCCUCCUUAGUCCUGGCGUGCCUCGAUUUCUUGAUGAUCUGUGCGGCUCAGAACCCUGUCGACACGCCAAGGACGCUAUCGAGACCCAAGAGGUACUUGAUCUUCCCAGAAGGCAGCAACGUCCAGCUGGUAUGUUGCCUGACAGUUGGAACAUACGCCAGAGAAAACGACGUGGUGAUGGGCAUGACUGUCGCUUUGGCGUGGGAGCUGCCGAGCAAGAUCGACGACAAAAUAUCGAAAUUACUCGAUCGCAAGAGCAGGAGCGUCGUCUUCCCGAAAAUAGAAGCUUUUCUGCAAGCGACUGGUCUGGAUGGGAAAGCCUGCGUGAUGAGGGCGCUCUGCGAGGCUGGCCAGAGAGAUCCUUCGGAGGUUGGCAAAGGGACCCUCGUUCAGGAGCUGUUGCACGUGAUCUUCACCCUGCCCAAGGAGGGAAGAUUCGAGCGAGCGACGGACGGAGCCUACGAUCGCGCUCACAGGACUGCUGAGAAUUGCGAACAGCUCUACCCGACCUGCCAGCACUCCAUUUACGAGGUAGACUUCUGA